UCGUGAUUCUGUGUCGUGCAAUAGUUUUAUUAGCAAAAUAUGUUGUUUUAACACGAUAAUAUUGAUACAGAGAUACCAUUUCAUUUCAUAUUAUAGACAUUCCUUUCGAGUGACUGAGUCAGUGCAAGUUUUGUGUACAUUUUAUCCGGUAUUUUGUCCAACCGAAUGUCAUAGUGUCUCAUAUCAAACACAAAACACGGAAAAAUGUGUGUUCGAUGAUACUGAUUGAAUCGUAGUGCAAUAAAUUCAUAUUAAUGGAUGUGUACAGUGAUAAUAUAUCGGCGCAAUGUGAUACGACAUAGUAAUUGAGAAAUGGGUGACAGGUUAAAGCAUCCAUUUAAGGUGAAAACAAAAACAUUAUUUGUGAUAAUCCAAUCAUUAGAAUGGAUGUAAUUACGGACCUAUCUCCCCUAAGUCCGGGGUUAAUCGACGAGUUGGAAGCAUACAUGGCCCCCGUCGGCGAAAGCUGCUACCCCCCGCAGCCAAUCGACGCUCGCCGACUUGGGGGCCACCAACUACCAGAAAGUCCACCAGACUCCGGAUCUGAAAACCCGUAUAGUCCAGAACAAGUGCCUCACGCUAUAGCCGUCUCCCAAACCGUUCUAGGUUCAGAUUACAUGCUCGUACACGAUCACAUAACAAACCAUGAAAUUCUACAGCAAGAGGGAGAUUAUAUUUACGAGGAAUUAAAAUCGGACAAUUUAGAUCAUGAGGUCUUAAGGAAUAACCUUAGCGAUGUAGUUGUUUUACCACCGGACCCAAAUAUUGUGGAGUUGGGCAUCAGAACUGUGAGACACGAUCUCAGUUUGGACCCAUAUCACAAUAGAUAUAAUCAAAUGAGGGUGGACAUGCCGGAAUUGGAGCAGGGCAUGAUAAAUCCGCAGUUGGUUGCGUUAGGGCAUGAUGCCUUGACGCCGGUGUACACGAGUCUACAAGAACCUAGUGUUAAGAAGAGGAAACAUUCGCAAGAUACAAAUUCUCAAGUCAAAUGUGAACCUGCGGCCUUGUCUCCUGAGAGUGUUACUCACGUGCCCCGUCCAGCCCCACCGUCAGUAGACGGCUCUGAGGCGGGCGAUGAUGCUCCGCUCCAGUGCAUCAGAUUUGCCACCUUUCAACAAGCUUCCUGGCACACGUUAUACGAUUGCAAUCUCAAACCUCUAUCAUCUCCCUCAUACGUGGUAGGAGCCGACAAAGGAUUUAAUUACUCUCAAAUAGAUGAAGCAUUUGUUUGCCAGAAGAAAAACCACUUCCAGGUGACCUGCCAGAUACAAACGCAGAGCGACCCGCACUAUGUGAAGACGGCGGAUGGUUUUAAGAAAAUUAACAACUUCUGUCUACACUUCUAUGGUGUUAAGGCAGAAGAUCCGAGCCAAGAAGUGAGAGUGGAACAAAGUCAAUCAGAUAGAACAAAGAAACCGUUUCACCCAGUGCCUGUUGAGCUCCGUCGAGAAGGCGCUAAAGUCACCGUAGGGCGUCUCCAUUUUGCCGAAACCACCAACAAUAAUAUGAGGAAGAAAGGGAGGCCCAAUCCCGACCAAAGACAUUUUCAGUUAGUGGUAGCACUGAGAGCUCACACGUCACAUGCUGACUUCAUGAUAGCAGCUCACGCCAGUGACAGAAUUAUCGUCAGGGCAUCGAAUCCUGGACAGUUUGAAUCAGAUUGCACGGAAAACUGGUGGCAGAGGGGAGUUUCGGAUAAUAGUGUUCAUUUCAAUGGACGGGUCGGGAUAAACACUGACAGGCCGGAUGAAUCCUGUGUCGUUAAUGGAAAUCUGAAAGUAAUGGGUCGAAUAUUACAUCCAUCUGAUGCAAGAGCAAAACACAAUAUUGAAGAAUUGGACACCGCUCAGCAACUACGCAACGUGCAAAGUAUUAGAGUUGUGAAAUUCAACUACGACCCCUCAUUUGCUGAACAUUCCGGUUUAUUGGGCUACGACCCUUCCGCCCCCACCCCCCAGCACGACACGGGGGUUAUCGCCCAAGAAGUGAGGACCGUUCUCCCGGAAGCUGUGAAGGAGGCGGGAGACAUGAUCCUCUCCAAUGGGGAUACCAUAUCUAAAUUCUUGGUUGUAAAUAAGGAUCGCAUCUUCAUGGAAAACUUAGGAGCAGUCAAAGAAUUAUGCAAAGUAACCGGCAACUUGGAGUCAAGGAUCGACCAACUUGAAAGGAUCAACAAGAAAUUGUGUCGGAUCAGUAUACUGCAGCGAAGAGACAGUUCCAGAUCGAGUGUUAGCAAUGACUCUCGAUACUCAGUAAUGUCGAAUACAUCAAGAACAAACUACAGCGAUAGUAAAAUAUCCAUAGAUCCAAUUAGAGGUAUUGCGCGAAAUAUCCGAAAACACGAAUGUUGCCAUAAACUGAGCCAUAAUUCGCCACGUUUCACCAAAAAACAGUGCAAGAACUGUCAAGGGAACUCUAAAUAUGGCAAGUUUUACAAUUACAACAAAACAUGCAUCCGUUAUCAGUCCAGCAAAGAAGAUAAAACGGAAAAACUGGACCCGAAAUAUACAGAAACGGAUUCCAGUCGGAUAGAAAAGUUGCCAGAGGAAAAUUACAGUUCAGCUUCGAAGAAGGAUUCCUGUCUCUGGCUGAGGGAUGACGAUGAUUUUUCGUAUAGCAACUCUCGAUUACCUUUUUGUUGUCAAAGGAAAAAUACCUACGAUGCCAGCAACGAGUUGAUAUCGAACAAGUUUCUGCAAAUAGUUAUAACUAUAUUGAUAUUUAUUAUGGCCGUAUGUUUAGUGGUGAUGUCAGCUUUAUACUUCAGAGAACAUCAAGAAUUGCUCUCUAUGAAGGAGACGAGGAUGCACGACAAAUAUACAAACUACCCGCAUUAUAGUAAAAUUAACUUGAACAACGCGCACAGAGCGCCGCCGGACCAGAAUCAAAUACAGAAUUUAAAACCUUCUCAACAUGCGACAGUGAAGAAAACAGUGAAAGAGAAAGGACCUCAUAAAACGACACAAGAGUACAGUACCAGUCAGCCCACUGAUCUUCCGCACACGAUCGCCACAACACUGCUAGCCUCAAGGAACUAUGUGAAGAACUUCAUUAGUAACAAUAUAGAACAGACAUCCCAAGCACCGUUGGAGCAGCUGAUAGCGUUGUCACGGACUUCGGACGUGAUAGGUGCCGGCUGCGCAUUCCCCGUCAACCUCAACGAAUUGGAUCCCGAGUGCCAGUCAUCAUGCGGUCUUGAUACACCACAAACGUACGAGAACCAAGAACCGUUAGAAAGAGCAAAACCAGAUAAAGAACUGAACGAAACCUUCGCCAGACCACUAGAGCCCUUGCCCAAAGAUAAAUUACCCAACAUACCAGUUCUAGGAGACGGGGAGAAGAAUCAUUCGACGUUCAAAAAUGACAACGACUCUUUUAAGAGUCAACUGCACGAUGAAAUUAUAGCAGAGUCCAAUCUUCUGGACUCGAAUAAGCAGAAUGGAACGGAAAGUGUUAGAAUGAAAAGGGACUUAAUCCAAGCUCUUGGGGUUGUGAAGAGGACCGCGAGACAAACUAAUCAGGAGGUUUUGAAGAGUAGCUCGGAGGAAAAUUUUAGUGAAGAUGUAUAUUCAGAAUGCGACAAGGUAAGCGUGGGCGUACUAUCCGGGCAAACUAUAACAAACACGUCCGUAUUCGUGGAGACCGUUUGUCCAAGGAUGUCGCACACAUUCAACUACACCGUAAGGGUGUCACACUGCUUAAAUUAUAAGAACAUCGAUAUAACGUUCAGGUCGUCGAGUCACAGGGAAUUCCGACGUUGUGACCUUCAUAAUUGCAAACACGAGGCGUGCCACAAGCUGGUCCCCAAUGGUGACAUGUGGACCUCCAAGAUGCCUCUACGGACUGACUGUAACGUUGACAGCUUCAUGAGAAUACGGGCUGUCGCCAUGCCCGUUGAGGACAUCUGCAACCUGACAGUGGAAGAUAAGAUACCGUUCCUGGAAUACAACAUUCGUAUAUACAGAGAUUGUCAUAAUUAAUUAUUUGUUGAAUAGAACAAUAAUAUACUUAUAUAUAAACUAUUGUCAGUGUAAAACAUUUAUGACUGUCUUGAGUGAUUUUUUUUUAUUUAGGGGUCUGAACUAUUGUCAUGUGCUUUAAACCUGCGCUGCAACCUACAUAGAUCUAUUGUGCUCGCCUUUUUCAAAGUUCGCUAUGAAGGAUAUUUUUAGGAGCUAUGGUUUUAUUCUUCUCAGGAUAGAGUGUAUACUUUCCAAAGGAGAUAUUUGGUUUAUGCAUGGGUCACAACCACAUAAGAUGUGUUUAUGUGUUUAGCAUUUCCUCUUUGGCUUGGCAAAAUCUGCAGAGUGUAACUUUGAUGUAGAAGACCUUUAAAAAUAAGAAAUGAACUUUGAUCCAAUAACACUUUGUACCGCUCUUGGAAUAGAUUAAAACAAAACAAUGUCAUUUGAUGAGUGUACAUGUGAAGAAUAAGAAAGUGCGCAUAACGGCAAAUUCCAAUAUUGAUCUAUUAAAAUUGUUUACAAGAAUAGACCGGCUGAAAAUUGUUCACACUUGGUAAGAAUAUAAAAAAAAAUCUAUAGGAAUUUACUCCAACUUGUAGGUAUGGGACUAUUAUAUAUAACCAAUGACCAUAUCAUUGUAAGAGUAAUAUUAUUUAAUGCAACUAAUGUAUAAUAUUAAAAUAUCAAGUCUUUUUAACCGGCUUCAAAAAAGGAGGAGCAACAUUAAAAGUAUGUUUUAAAUACAUAUUGCCACGUGUAUGCUUAUAAUGCUUGUAUCUGAAACAGUAUAAACAACAAUGCUUAAAUGCUUAGCGUUGGUGAAAUAACCGUAAUAAUAUUUAUAAAUACGAGAGAUAUUAUUAGCAUCUCUUAAAAACAUACCUACUUAUAUAACAAUGUAUUAUGCAUAAUUUUAUUUAUAACAUCUAUUUUUAAACAAAUUACAAAUUUAAAUUAGAUAUAUAAAU